GCUCGGGCCUAUCGGGGUGGGCGGGGCGGAGUCGGGUCGCUAGUUGUCCCGGGGUCCUCCCGGCACGCCGCAGGGCCUAGAGGGCUUAGCGGGUCGGCCUCGGGCCUGGUAGCGGCGGCGGCGCCUGGCGCCGAGCGGAGGGCCUUCUGAAGGCCCCGGGACGCGUCUGUGGUCCCGGGGGGCAUCUACGGGGCGUCCCCGAGAGGAUUGGGGGCGUCCACAGGGCCUGGACUGAGACUGAAGCCUGCCUUCCAUCAUAUAGCUGGCUUGGGUCAUUUUUGUAGGCACUGUUGAUCGUCUUUAUGAGCUGACCGGAGGCUAGGGUCUGUUUAGAGGGUUCUGGGGCCAUCUUGAGAUCUUGAGAUAUGUCCCGGGGUGAAGGUGAUCUGCAAGAGCUGGGGAGUAUCUGCAGAGCCAACUAUAGCGCCUAGGGUAUGUCUGUUAGGGCUGGGAAGUGUCUACAUGUGCUGACCUGAGGAUGCGGCUCACCUACAGGGGUCUGGGGCCAUAUAGCUGGGCCUGGAAGAACUGUUCCAGGGAUAGGAAGUCUUUCAUAGAUACCCAGAGGAGCGGGAUGUACCCACGAAGGGAGAGAGGCAAAUACUGAGAUGUUCUGAGAGGCCUGGAUGGGUCUCCAGCUGUCUGGGGAGUGUCUAGUCUGGGUGACAGGAGGCUGGGGGCAGUUAGAAGAACCUGGAACCAUCUAGGUGGCUUUGAGUGUGACUGCAAAUUCGAAUGCCUUUGGGGGGGCCAUAUAAUUGCAUGGAGAAUAAGACAAUGAAGAGUAUUGGAAAAUUUGCCCAGCUGUAUUGUACUUGCCCUUAGAAAGUAAUUCAAAUGCACAAUGUUGAAAAAUUCUGCAUGGCCCUGGGGCUACAGAGAGAGUUAGAAUUAGUCCUCCUUGGUCUGGGAAAGUCUAUAGGAUCGUCUAGACUCCUCUAGUGCUGUGAUUUUCAAACUCUUUUGACCUUGAUCUACAGUGAGAAAUACAUUUUUUCCUUGAGACCCAGUGUACACCGUCAUAUGAAUUUCAUACCCAAGUCCCAUUAAUUAGUAUUUUCAUUUACUUGUGAUGUAUUGUGAAGAAUCUUCUACUGUGUUCGAUUUGCUUUGAUAACAAGCUAUUUGUAAAGCACUGAACUGCUAUCAAGUUUAUAGUUUGGGAAACUGAUCUAGAGGGACCUAGCAGCGUCUGCAGAGGCUUCUCAGGUAUAAAAGACCUAAGGAGCCGGGGGUGUGUCUGCAAAUCCCGGGGCAUGUGUGAAUGGGCAAGGGAGGAUGUUCAUUCUACAGAGGGUUUGGGGCUCUGUGGGUCUGUAGUCAGCACAUCUUGAUUAAGCUUCUCUUAUGUGACAGCGCUGUUCUACAUAGCGUGUGCUCCCCCCACCCCCACCCAGGUGCCGAAGAGCAGCGCCAGGGCUGGGAACUGUCCAGAGGGGCUUAUCAGGGUGAGAGUUGUCUGUGGGAGUUCGGGAAGGAACUGCAGGCUCUUAGAGAGCCAGGAGGCAGCAUGGGAGAGCUUUCUGAAAAUCUGGUACGAGGGAGACCAGGGCCGAGAUCUUUUUUUUUGGCAGGUAUGCAACCGAGGGUGUAGGGGAGACCGAAGUAGGGGAAACCUGGGCGUUAAAGGCCGAUGAUAGGGCUUCCCUGGUGGUGCAGUGGUUGAGAGUCCGCCUGCUGACGCAGGGGACACGGGUUCGUGCCCCGGUCCGGGAAGAUCCCACGUGCCGCGGAGCGGCUGGGCCCGUGAGCCAUGGCCGGUGAGCCUGCGCGUCCGGAGCCUGUGCUCCGAAACGGGAGAGGCCCGUGUACCGCAAAAAAUAUUGUUACUCUGUAUAUAGCCCAUGAUAAUUAUUGUUACUCUGUAUUGUUACUCUGUGUCAGGAGUCUGUCUCCUUUCAAUUCUCACAGGCUUUCUCUGACUUAGAUACUCCUAUUGGGCCCACUUAGAGCUAAGCACACGGCGUUGAGGGUUAGGGGUUUUGAAGCUUUCUAGGAACUGUGGGACCAGAUAUUUAUUGUCUUCAGAGUAGGAGACUUGACAGUUGCAGGGAAGCCUAUAGCUGAAAUCUUCGUAUUUUCUGAAGCCCUAAUCAAAAUCCCCAUCAGUCUGAAGAGUGAUUUUUCACCUUCUGUAUAACCUAAGAAUUUCUGUGACAUGGCAAAGCCUUGCGCCGCACUUCCACACAAGGGGCAGACAGGUGAUCGGAGGGUGCUCCCUGCGGCGUCUAGUGGACAGCAUUCCUGAAGUUCGUGUUUUCGUUUUCAAAGUGGCGUACUGGUUUUGUAGCUCAUUCUAUUAUAGCUCCAUCCUCUGUGUGUAAAUACAUUUUGUUGGGUCCCUCACCAUCGAGGAGAAUCGAUGCUUUAGGAAGUGGCGUGGUGUUUGAGGCGCACCCAGCACACUGGCACGUAUCUCGGUUUGGGAAAGGUGGGUUUAUGAGACAUCGGGGCAGUGUUUGAAAUCACAACUCAACAGAAAAGAGUCUUGGCUCCCAUGAAGGCAGGCUCCCGUGAGGUCUUAAAGGGGGAAGGUGCGGGAACUGGGGAGGGGUGUGUGGAAAUAGGCCGGGAAGGCCUCCCUUUGGCAGAGGAGGCAACAAAUUCAGACAAGGGAAGAGGGUUGCUCCAGUCCCUCUAGUGUCUGCACUGGGCCUGGUACUUGCCCGGGCCUGGGAUGCGGUGGAGGAGAGGAGGGAUGCUGAAGGGGAUACAGUGUUGGAGGCCCCUGAGGUCUUCAUGUCCGUCCUCUCCUUCCGCCACCUGGCACCACCGUGCCCUGCCCACCAGCCUCUACUCCAGACUCUCCCCCGCCUCCACCACCAGGUGACCAUGGAGGAAGAAGAUGAGUCUCGAGGGAAGACAGAGGAGUCAGGCGAGGAUCGGGGUGACGGUCCGCCAGACAGAGACCCUACGCUUUCUCCUUCUGCUUUUAUCUUGCGGGCCAUUCAGCAGGCUGUGGGAAGUUCCCUGCAGGGGGACCUGCCAAAUGAUAAAGAUGGUUCUCGGUGUCAUGGCCUUCGAUGGAGGCGCUGUCGGAGCCCACGUUCAGAGCCCCGUUCCCAGGAAUCAGGGGGGACUGACACGGCUUCUGGACAGGGUGGAGCCCCUCCUGGCCUAUUCCAGGUGUUGGACGUGGCUGCCGAUGGCCUCCUCGCGGGGCUGGUGAGCAUCCUGGAUCCCCCGGAUACCUGGGUUCCCAGCCACCUGGACCUGCGGCCUGGCGAAAGCGAGGACAUGCUGGAGCUGGUGGCCGAGGUCCGAAUUGGGGACAGGGAUCCAGUCCCCCUUCCUGUACCCAGCCUGCUGCCCCGUGUCAGGGCCUGGAGGACGGGCAAAACGGUUUCUCCGCAGUCUCACUCUUCUCGACCCACCUGUGCCCGCCACCUCCUCACCUUGGGCACUGGAGACGGGGGCCCUGCUCCGCCCCCUGCCCCCUCCUCUGCCUCCUCUUCGCCUUCCCCUUCCCCCUCAUCAUCCUCCCCUUCCCCGCCUCCCCCUCCACCACCCCCGGCCCCCCCGGCCCCUCCUGCACCCCGGUUUGAUAUCUAUGACCCCUUCCACCCCACCGACGAGGCCUAUUCCCCACCGCCUGCUCCAGAGCAGAAGUACGACCCCUUCGAGCCCACUGGCUCCAACCCCAGCUCAUCGGCGGGGACCCCCUCACCUGAGGAGGAGGAGGAGGAAGAGGAGGAAGAGGAAGAAGAGGAAGAAGAGGAGGAGGAAGCCCUGUCCCAGAGCAUCAGCCGCAUCUCAGAGACCCUGGCGGGCAUCUACGACGACAACAGCCUGAGCCAGGACUUCCCAGGUGACGAGAGCCCGGGCCCGGACCCCCAGCCCCUGCAGCCGACUCCAGCCCCUGGCACACCGCCCCAGGCCGACUCCACCCGGGCCGACGGAGCCACCCGCCGGCGCGUCUUUGUGGUGGGGACUGAGGCGGAGGCCUGUCGGGAAGGCAAGGUCUCCGUGGAGGUGGUGACGGCCGGUGGCGCCGCCCUCCCGCCCCCUCUGCUGCCACCGGGCGACUCAGAGAUUGAGGAGGGCGAGAUUGUCCAGCCUGAGGAGGAGCCCAGGAUGGCGCUCUCCCUCUUCCGGGCCGGCGGCCGGGCCGCACGACCCCCUCCGGCGGCCCCGGCCCCCGCUGCGGCCCAGCCCCCGCCCCCGCCGCCCGCCCCCCGGGCCCCCGAGGGGGACGACUUCUUGUCUCUGCACGCGGAGUCCGACGGCGAGGGCGCCCUGCAGGUGGACCUUGGGGAGCCGGCCCCCGCCCCGCCCACCGCGGACGCGCGCUGGGGCGGCCUGGACCUGCGCCGCAAGAUCCUGACCCAGCGGCGCGAGCGCUACCGGCAGCGCUCGCCCUCCCCGGCCGCCGCCCCCGCCUCCGCUGCCCCCACUGGCCCGCCCACCCGCAAGAAGUCGAGGCGGGAGCGCAAGAGGAGCGGCGGUGAGGCCAAGGAGGCCGCCUCGUCCUCCUCCGGCGCUCAGCCCGCCCCGCCGGCCCCGGCCUCCCCCUGGGACCCCAAGAAGCACCGCUCCCGGGACCGCAAGCCGGGCUCCCACGCCUCGUCGUCCGCCCGCCGCCGCUCGCGGUCCCGCUCCGCCCGCCGCCGCUCGCGGAGCACCGACCGGCGCCGCGGAGGCAGCCGCAGGUCCCGGUCUCGGGAGAAAAGGCGGCGGCGGCGGCGCUCGAACUCCCCGCCCCCGGCCACCUCCUCGUCGUCGUCUUCCAGGCGCGAGCGGCACCGCGGCAAGCACAGGGAUGGCGGCGGCAGCAAGAAGAAGAAGAAACGGUCGCGGUCCCGGGGCGAGAAGCGGUCUGGGGACAGUGAGAAGGGCCUUGCCCCGGCCCAGCCGACCUCCGGCUCCACCUCCUUGGGCGGAGAGCGAGACAGCCGCCGCCGGGGGGCUGUGCCGCCCUCCAUCCAGGACCUCACGGACCACGAUCUCUUUGCCAUCAAGCGGACCAUCACCGUGGGCCGGCCGGACAAGCCUGACCCCCGAGGCCCCUCACCGGCUCCGGCCUCAUCGCCCAAGCGCGAGGUCCUAUACGACUCCGAGGGACUGAGCGCCGAGGAGCGGGGAGGCAAGAGCAGUGAGAAGGACCGGCGCCGAUCUGGGGCGGCCUCCUCCUCCUCUUCCUCCCGGGAGAAGGGAUCACGACGGAAGGCACUGGAUGGGGGGGAUCGGGACCGGGACAGGGACAGAGAUAGGGACAGGGACAGGUCAUCCAAGAAGGCCCGGCCCCCCAAGGAGUUGGCGCCCUCUUCAGGGCCCCCGCCAAAGCCACCUGUCAGCAGCGGCUCAGGCUCCUCGUCCUCGUCGUCCUCCUCAUCCUCCCGGAAGGUGAAGCUACAGUCCAAGGUGGCCGUUCUGAUCCGAGAGGGUGUCAGCAGCACCACAUCAGCCAAGGAGGCCACGUCUGCUGGCCUGGGCUCCAUCGGAGUCAAGUUCAGCCGAGACCGAGAGAGCCGCUCCCCCUUCCUCAAGCCGGAUGAGCGGGCCCCUACUGAGGUGGCCAAAGCAGCUCAGGGCAGCACCAAGCCCAAAAAGACCAAGGUCAAGGCCAAGGCUGGGGCCAAGAAAGCCAAGGGGACCAAGGGAAAGACCAAGCCAUCCAAGACCAGGAAAAAGAUCCGCAGCGGUGGGGGCAGUGGCGGUGGCGGCAGUGGCCCUGCGACGCUGAAGAAGUCCAAGGCGGACAGCUGCAGCCAGGCGGCGGGAGCCAAAGGGGCUGAGGAGACUUCCUGGUCCGGGGAAGAGCGGGCAGCGAAGGCCCCUAGCACCCCGCCCCCCAAGGCGGCCCCUCCACCCCCUGCUCUCACGCCCGACUCGCAGACUGUGGAUAGCAGCUGCAAGACACCUGAGGUCUCCUUCCUGCCAGAAGAGGCCGCUGAGGAGGCUGGAGUCCGAGGUGGGGCGGAGGAGGAGGAGGAGGAAGAGGAAGAGGAGGAGGAGGAGGAGGAGGAGCAGCAGCCGGCCACCAGCACGGCCACCAGCACGGCUGCGGCCGCUCCCAGCACCGCCCCUAGUGCGGGGUCCACGGCUGGCGACUCGGGGGCGGAGGAUGGACCAGCCCCCCGUGUCUCCCAGCUGCCCACGCUGCCCCCACCCAUGCCCUGGAACCUGCCCGCUGGUGUAGACUGCACUACCAGCGGUGUCCUGGCCUUGACUGCACUUCUCUUCAAGAUGGAAGAAGCCAAUCUGGCAAGCCGAGCAAAGGCCCAGGAGCUGAUCCAGGCCACCAACCAGAUCCUCAGCCACAGGAAGCCCCCCUCAAGUCUGGGGGUGACGCCAGCUCCUGUGCCCACCUCUCUGGGUCUGCCCCCUGGCCCCUCCAGCUACCUGCUCCCUGGCAGCCUCCCCCUGGGGGGCUGUGGCUCUACCCCUCCCACCCCCACUGGGCUGGCUGCAGCGUCUGACAAGAGAGAGGGCAGCAGCAGCUCCGAGGGACGUGGUGACACAGACAAGUAUCUGAAGAAGCUGCACACGCAGGAGCGGGCAGUAGAGGAGGUGAAGCUGGCCAUCAAGCCGUAUUAUCAGAAGAAGGACAUCACCAAGGAGGAGUACAAGGACAUCCUGAGGAAGGCCGUCCACAAGAUCUGCCACAGCAAAAGUGGGGAGAUCAACCCGGUGAAGGUGAGCAACCUGGUGCGCGCCUACGUCCAACGCUACCGCUACUUCCGCAAGCACGGCCGCAAGCCAGGGGACCCUCCGGGGCCCCCACGGCCACCCAAGGAGCCGGGACCCCCUGACAAGGGUGGCCCGGGCCUGCCCCUGCCCCCUCUCUGAGAUCCCCAGCCGCCCCUUUCCUCCUUCGCUGUCUCUCUGGAAUUCUGGACAUAUUUAUGGCUCUGCCUCCCUACGUCCCUCCCCUGUCAGUGGGAUGAUUGGGGGAGGGUUGCUGUGGGAAAGAGGAGAGCCCCCUGCCCAGCCCCACUGCCAUCUCCCUCGCCCCAAGCCUGUGCCCAUUGCCCCUCCCCUCUGUUCGUGCCCCUACCCCAGUUUCAUUAAAGAUUUCAUGAAAUGUUA